AUGAACAAUUCAAAUCGUUAUCAUUCAAAUGAUCCAAAUUAAUAACUUCAAUACAAUCAACCAUUUUCAAAUUAACAAAAUCCUUUUGAUCCUAAUAAUAAUUAGUAAUAACAAUUAGUACAUUAAAUUGGAAACAUGAAUCAUGUUGCAUUAAACAAUCCAUAUGAGACUGAUUACAAAGGAUUAGUAAGCUCUGCUAAUUCCACUAUUAGAGCUGGAUUUAUUGCAAAAGUCUAUGCAAUCAUGAGCUUUUAACUUGCAAUUACAUUUCUGUUAAUUUUAGCAUCCUAUUAUUUUUAAAAUGUUAGAAAUCUCAUAAUUGUUAUCAAUCCAGAAUCUGUUUAAUAUACGCCAUUCACUAUAUUUUGCUUUUUUAUUGCCCUGGUUGUAGAAAUUGCAAUCUUUUGUUGCAGAAAAGUCUCAAGAAGAGUUAUUAUUUUUUUAAACAUAUUUAGGUACCCCUAAAUUACAUAUUGCUCAUCAUCUUUACUUUAUGUUUUAGUACUCUUGUAGCUGCUCCUUGUAUUGUUUGCUUUUAAUUAUUAUCAAAUGGAGGUAAAUUAUCAAUUUUCAAUAUUUCAAGUUUAAUUAGUAAUAAUUGCAGCAGCAAUUACCUUGAUAAUAACUGUAUUGCUUACAACUUAUGCAUGGCAGACUAAAACCGAUUACUCAGCUUCAGGUUGAAUAAUUUAUUUAUUUAAAGGUCAGUUUUGUUUUAUUUUAAGCAUAAGCUUAUUGAUGAUGUGCAUUAUCGGUUUAUUUAUUAGAAAUAUUUGGUUCCAAUUGUUUAUUUGUACUGUGAGUAUAAUCAUUUAUGGAGGCUAUAUAAUUUAUGAUACAUAACUUAUUGUUGGAAAUCAUGUAAUUUUUUUUUUAUUAAUAUAUAGUCUAAUUACUUAACUGUAGAUGAUUAUAUUAUUGGUGCUAUGUUAUUAUAUAUCGAUAUUGUGAUCCUGUUUCUAAGAAUACUUGAAAUUUUAAUGAUUAUUUUUGGAAAAAACUGAUGAAUUAAAUACAUCAAGG